AUGGCGUCCCAGAGCCGCCACCGCGCGACGGCCGCAGCGUGCUUCCUCGUCCUCCUCGCGCUGUGCGUCGCGCCAGCCCACGGCGGCCGCGCGCUGCCGGCAGCAAGCAAGGGCGCGGUGAGCAAGGCGCAGGCGGCGGCCAACGCGACGGCGGGGGACGAGUUCCUGGCGCCGCACAACAAGGCGCGAGCGGCCGUCAGCGUGGCGCCGCUGCGGUGGAGCGCCGACCUGGCGACGGCGGCGGCGAAGACCACGUCCGAGCAGCAGCUGAACAAGAACUGCGCGUUCGCGGACAUGGCCGCGAGCCCCUACGGCGCGAACCAGGGGUGGGCGAGCUACCGCGCGCGCCCGGCGGAGGUGGUGGCGUCGUGGGUGGACCAGGGGAGGUACUACACCCACGCCAACAACAGCUGCGUCGCCGGCAAGCAGUGCGGCACGUACACGCAGGUGGUGUGGCGGCGCACCGCCCAGCUCGGGUGCGCGCAGGCCAGCUGCGCCUCCGGCGCCACGCUCACGCUCUGCCUCUACGACCCGCACGGCAACGUGCAGGGACAGAGCCCCUACUAG